AUGGGGCGCAUGCGGUACAUCGUUUGCGCGUUGCUCUUGCUGUGCCCACUCGCACUCACCAGGCACGAUGACGACUUCGCCUUCGACAAUAGCGAGGAAUUUCAGGUUGAAUUAACGGCAAACCAUUCAGAAAUAGCAAAAAAUGGCCUAAGAAGGUUAUGGGGUGUUCCCGACACCUCGGCCUAUGUAGGACACCUGUUUCGUAUGGAAAUCCCAAAGGAAGCUUUUUCCGGAAAAGUAAUAGCUUAUAAGGUUCGUAGUGACGGCGGUCGACAUACCCCAAACUGGCUGGCCGUAGACUCGAAACACGGUCUAAUUAGCGGCGUGCCACAGAAGCAAGACAUCGGACCUCACACUUUUACUGUCACUGCACAUGGCAACACCCACGGCCUCACUGCUACAGACUCUUUCACAAUAGAGGUGAAAAAAGCUCAUGAAAAGCCACAGUCUAAGUAUGGUUCGUGCAUGGGUGACGAGAGCAGACUGGUAUUGGCGAUCCUAAUAGACGGCUCCUUCCACAAGAUAUCUUCGAGACAACGAAUACGCGCCCUCAUGCAACUUGCCAGCUUCAUGGCGUUAGAUGGAGGAGAGUUUUGGAUGGAGCCUUAUAAAGCAGAGGCUCGCGCCGAAACCAUUCUCAGCGGAACUGGCUCCUCACAACGGAGGCAUGGCGAUGCUACUACUGCUAUCUAUUUAAACGUGGGAUGUGGCAACAAGUUAUGGAAUCAUCACCAAGUGCUAGUGGCUGGACUGAGGGAACAAUCUCGCGACGGUACUGUCGCUCACAUUAUACGCUUGCCUGUUAUCGGCUGGCGACUUCUUGCUGUUCAACCGGCACCUAGGAUUAAAAGACAGUCACCUCCGCUGGAUGGUUCUGGCGACGGCUUCGACACUGAGUACGACGAGGAGGAGGACGCGGAUGCUGAAUAUAGCGGUUACGACGAUAUCGACGAUGAAGACCCGAUGGAUUAUACGAACAGUGACAGCAUUACUAACCCGGAUCACAAAGUUACUAUAACGGAGAUAUCGGCAUCGCCGUCAGAGACCAGCAAGGUGAAUUUCUCCAUAGCACCUACCGAGGAUAUUGCACCCAGAAGAAUUAACUUUAACGAAUUUGCACCAAUUGUCGUUCCUGAAACAACUACAGCAGAACCUGAAUUGCAAACUGUAAUUAUCCGCGCGUCCAACGAAGUACCCCCGAUGACGUCUACGGAACGAGAGACGUCCGUAGCGUCACCAUCCUCGUCUACCCCCUUGGAGAUCACGACACAGCCGACCACACCGGUUGUGCCGACCACGUUGCCGACGCCGACCACGUCGACGCCAACUCCGACACUCGCUACUGCGCCUACUACGCAGGCUACCACUACACCAACAGCCCCUACUACCACUUCUCUACCAGAAGCGGUUACAUUACAAGAGGUUACGAAACAGGAAACAAGUCCAACAGAAGGCAGGAGCACAAUAUCCGGUCAGACGACCGAAACUGUCAAUGUCGUUGCAUGGACUAUGCCAGUAAAUCAGCCGCCUACAUUGAAGCACCAUAUGAAGAAACUUGCAACCAUUGCAGGAAAAGCUUUCAGGUACAUUAUACCGGCGGAUCUGUUUACGGACCCAGAGGAUGGAACCAACCUUACUUUCACGAUGUACGAGGCAGGGAAUGUGCCCCUCAGCAAGAGUUCCUGGGUACAGUUCAUACCUUCGGCGCGAGAAGUAUAUGGAUUACCACUAGAAGCCCAUGUAUCUCGCUGGAACUUCAUAGUAGAAGCUCAAGACAGCGAAGGACGGGUGGCUCGCGGUCCCCUCGACAUCACCGUCCAACAGCACAAGAGUGGCCGCACAAUCAACCACCAGUUCGUCAUGGAAUUUAAACUGAACAAGGAAUAUAAAUACGCGAUCGACUGGCAGAUACGAGCUCUCGAAGGGAUCGUCAACCUCUUUAGAGAUACAGACAUGGAUCACCUCACAGUAUUGAACACGACGCAGAACGGAGACAUUUACCAAUUCGUUUGGACGAACGAUACGCUACCGAAAGAUCCCGCUUGUCCCAUGGACGAUAUCAAUAGGCUAAUGAAGAUAAUGGAGUCGGAGACGCAGAGCGGCAGCCCGUCGGCGGGGCUGGCGCGCGCCAUGCAGCCGGAGCUGAAGGUGGCGCGCGUGGCGUGGCGCGGCGCCGGCCGCUGUGCGCACGCGCCGCCCGCCGCGCGCGCGCCCGACACCUACCCGCCCAUCACGCGCAACCAGGUCGACCACCUCACCGCCACCGUCGGACACCUGCUCGUCUACAGAGUGCCCGAGGACACAUUUUUCGACCCAGAAGAUGGUGAUACACGACAUUUGAAAUUGUCGCUCCGAUACAGCGACCGUACAGAACUACCCGUGGGACACUGGCUACAGUUCGAUGCGAAGAACCAGGAGUUCUACGGUCUACCCACGCCUAGCGAUGAAGGAAGCGUCCCCUACCAACUGAUUGCUGAAGACUCGAGUAAGAAAAGCGCGUACGACAGCCUUAUAGUGGAAGUAGCUAAGGCCCCGACCAUCCGGCCUACCGUCGAAUUCCAGAUGACCAUGGAUUAUCCCUUCCCGAAGCUAGCCUACGAUGCCACCAACAAACGCAAGGUGGUCGAGAAACUCGCAGCACUGUUCGGACAGAAGGAAACUGAUAAUAUCAGGAUACAAAGCAUCACGAAUAACCCUACAACAAUUAUAUGGUACAACACAAGCUUACCAAUGGAUCGUUGCCCGAAAAGAGAGAUAGAGGAACUUCAGCAAAUGAUUAUAGUCGACGAAAGAGGACCCGCUGGCAGUGCACUCAAAGAAAACGUCGAUCACGUGUUUGACAAGGAUAUGAAAGUCAUGUCGAUCAGACUGUUACCUCUUGGCCUUUGCGCUGAACAAAAUACUAAAGUACCAAAGACGCCGAUACAAAUAAACGCGGGCUCGCCAACCAACCCGAACGUCAACGUCAACUUGCAGAACAGCAAGGCGAGCAAUGCCGCCGCCGAUCAGAGCUAUUUGGUGACGUUCAUCAUACCAGCUGUUGUCAUCGUCUGUAUGAUCCUGCUCGCGGGGAUCGUCGCGUGCGUAUUGUAUAGGAGACGGCGAACAGGCGUUUUAGGUAAAAUGAGCGUCGGCGACGAGGAGGAGCGCCAGGCGUUCCGGUCGAAGGGGAUCCCGGUGAUCUUCCAGGACGAGCUGGAGGAGCGCGGGGACUCGGAGCCGGUGCACAAGAGCCCGGUGAUCAUGCGCGAGGAGAAGCCGCCGCUGCUGCCGCCCGCGCCCGACUACCGCGGCGCGGCGGCCGACGACGCGCCCUACCGCCCGCCGCCGCCCUUCGCCGCCAGCCGCACGCCGCCGCGCCCCAAGGCCACGCCCACCUACAGGAAGCCGCCGCCCUACGUGCCGCCCUAA